AUGACGUCACACGGCAGUACAAGAGCGAUACUUGAAGGCUUGCUUCGCAGUCUAGUGAGAAUCUCUCAGCGAAUGUUGUCACUUAAGCGAGUUUGCAGAGAGGUAACGCUAGAGGAAACCUACGUACGAAAGUCUGCAGACAGAAACACACCGCGUACACAGUCUACUCAAACAAUAACAGUCUGUCUGACCACAUUUGGCAACAUGAUGUCCACAGCAUCUGUUUCUGUGCCUAAGGGCAGUGUAGAUGAGACAGGAGAUGUGGCUUCAUGGCUGUAUACGAUCAGCUUCUGCAACGAUUUCUGUGACUGGGUCGACAAAGAGUGGAGCAUCGAUUCACUGACAGCUGACAUACAGCCUUUCGAGUCAACAAGGGCUUCAGCAGUAGAGAGCGCGCAGCCUUCUCCUAAAGAUACUGUGAAGAAAAGCCCAACAGAAAUUCAUACACAAAGCAGCAGGAGGAGCAGAUUCUAUGCGUUCUUCAAGAGAGCAUGGAAGGCCAUAAAGCAUCUGUUCCUUUGCUGCAGACGAACAAGAGUGGAGUCUCCCACGCCACAGUUGAACCCACAUCAGUCUGAUCCUAAGCCGUCAUCUGUCCCAAGUCUCUCCGAUUGGGAGCCAAAUAAUGGAUCUUUGACCACUUUCUACGAGGUGAAAAAUAUGCUGGGAUCGGGAAGCUUUGGCCGGGUGUUCAAGGGAAUCCGUAAAUCUGAUGAACAAGAGGUUGCCAUCAAAAGUCUUCACAAAAUGAAGACUGGCCAUCAUCUUUUUAUUCGUGAUUGUCCCAGACCUCUGGUUACAGAAGUGGCGAUGAUGCUAAUAUUGAGGCGUCCUCCAGUAAGCCCCUAUGUAAUAGAAAUGUAUGAGUGGUUUGAUCGGCCCAAAGUCAUCUCACUCAUUUUGGAGUACCCUCAACCAUGCAAAGUCUUGCGGGAGUUCAUCACUGAUCUUCAUAAACUGAAUGAACCGAUAGCACGUGGCUUGAUGCGCCAGUUAGUCCUGGCAGUACAGCACUGCAUAGACCACAGCGUCUUUCAUAAUGACAUUCAUGCAGACAACAUCCUGGUGAACACAUGGAGUUUGGAGCUCAAGUUGAUUGACUUUGGCUGUGCUCACCUAGUUGAUAGUAAUGGCUACAACAGCACUCAAUAUCUAGGAGCAAUAGAGUACUGCCCACCAGAGGUCUUCAAACGGCCCAAAUACCACGCCGUCCCAACAAACGUUUGGGCUCUAGGCAUUGUGCUGUAUAUGAUGAUGAAUGGACGUUUGCCAUUUGUCAGUAUACAGGAAACAGCAAAGGCCUGUCCUGAUUGGAACCCCGACUUGUCCAACGGUGAGAAAAUAGACAUUCAUAAAUGCACAUGCAAAGCCUCUGCACAACCUGUUAGAACAACAGCUAAAUGGUGUUUAACAGAAAAAAAUGGCAAAAACAACCAUAAAUGUUUACCAGUGAGAUAAAAGCCACUUUUCCACCGUCAGGCCAAACCGUUCUCUUUGCUUAACCAUUCUAUUCCAUGCCGAUCCGGCCCAGCCAGUACGGCUCUUGGGAAUGUAAUACAAAUCCAUCAGUCAUUGCCUUGGUAAUGCAAGAGUGUAAAGACAAUAUGAGAUGUAAAUAGCAACCAUGUUAGGGAGGAUGAUUAGGUAUUUCUUUUAAAUGUAUUAUUUAUUUGUUUUUACAUCGCUCAAAUAGUGUGCUAAGCAAGCUACAGAGAAACUGGCAAGCAGGCAACAGACAAGUGACCAAUCCUGAGUUGCAACAUCACACGCAUUCUACUAGCAAACUGUGCUGAGAAUUCUGGACUGAGAACGGUUUGUAAUUGUGACGUGCCAUAAAGGCUCAAGUGAAAAUAUAACUGGAAUUUUUCCUUACCGUUCUUAGAACCGUUCGACCAGACUGUGGAAAAGCGUCUAAGGAAUGAAAUUAUGACCCUAAUGUCUCCACUUACACUUAGCUUAUAUUAAUCACAUAUUUCAGAAGAUAUUUUCACAAAUGUCAGCUUUGGUGUAUUACGUGGUCUUGACUAACAUUCUCUCUCCUCCAAACUUGUACAGCAUGCCGUGAUCUGAUUAGCCAGUGUCUGAAUCGCAGUCCAGCGAAAAGGCCGACGUUAAAGCAGAUCUUACAGCACGAAUGGUUCAAUAUUCAGUGCUAGAAUGAAGGCAGGCAGGGGAUUCCAUCGAUCAUUGGGGUCAGAAGUUAAGUAGCAUAACAGAGCCAGUUGUGGCCUAAUGGUAAGAGAGUCGGACUUGUAACCCGAAGGUUGCGGGUUUGAGUUUCAGAACCGGCAGGAAAUGUAGUGGGAGUGAAUGAACAGUGCUCUCUUCCACUCUCAUUACACACAACUGAGGUUCCCUUGAGCAAGGAACCUAACCCCCAAUUGCUCCCCAGGCGCCAAGUUGUCAUGUCACUUUCAUAUUUUAAAAUUCUAAAUUAUGUUUAGGAUAAAAAAAUGCAGAUAUGUUGAAAGAGAGACUGGGUGGAGACAGACCAUUACGAGAAUACUUUUGCUUCACCAUCCAGUCUGCUGAAGAACAUUGGACUAGACAGGAAAGAAGGUGCAACAACUUAAACCCUUGCAGGCCUCUGUAGCACAGUUAAAGACUCAGGGAAGGAGACAGGAACCAGCAAACUUUUAACAUAAUUUAUUAAUUUAUUUAAUCAUAAAAUAAACAACAAAUCAAAAGUAAAGCGGCAACCCCUCAUGGAUGACUGAUGCACAAAC